GCCGUCAUCACAUUGCGAAAUCUUGCACUUCACGAGCAACCAUGAUCCGAACCUUGUCGUUUGUCUGUCUCGUUAUUGCUGCUACCUUUGCUCGGGCGAGGUAUCUAAUUGGCAUAGGCAAGGCCGAUAUCACGGGUCCGACUGCCGAAGUGGUGUUUGCAGGGUUUGCAGACUCGAACGAAAAGGGCAGCGGCCUCUUGAACAGGCAGUUCGCCCGAGCCUUUGUCGUGCAGGACGACUCGACCAACAGCCGCAUCCUUCUAGUCAACUGCGACGCCUUUGCAGUGUUUCAGCUGGUACACACCGAGGUGCUGACGCGAUUGCAAACCAAAUAUGGCUCAAUGUACACGGAGCAGAACGUUCUCUUGCAUGCCACCCACACCCAUGCCACGCCGGGGGGAUCCUCCGCCUACUUUCUGUACGAUGUGUCCAUCUUGGGCUACAUUGACGAAUCGUUCCGGGCUAUAGUGGAUGGCAUCUUGGCAGCCAUUGACGCGGCGCACCGUAGUCUCGCCCCCGGCACUAUUCGUUUCAACCAAGGACACCUUCCGGAUGGCGGCCGCAAUCGAUCACCACUUGCGUAUGAUGCAAACCCAGCCGCCGAGCGCGCUCAAUACACCGACGACCGCGACCACACCAUGCAAGUGUUGAAGUUCAAGGACGCCAAAACUGGUCGGUUGCGAGGGGUGUGGGCAACCUACCCCGUCCAUCCCACAAGUUUGACUGUAAAGAACACGUUGGUGAGCGGGGACAACAAGGGCUACGCCAUGUUUCUAGCCGAGUCCCACUACAAGAACAAAGUGGUCGUGGGGCUGGGGAUGUCGAAUGCGGGAGACGUGAGUCCCAACCGCGUCGACAACGGCAACGGCACGUUUCGUGGCGAAGGGCGGACGCCUAUUGAAAGCGCCGAAAUCAUUGGAACGCGCCAAGCCAACAAACUGUUGGAGUUGCUGGCGAGCCCAAGUGUCAAGUUGGUUGGGUCUGUCGUGGGCAAGUUGUCGUACGUGGACUUCUCCAACGUCACGUUGACCGACGUCGAGCCUUCAGUGGAUGCACCGUAUGCCCAUCGAACAUGCCCUGCGGUGCUAGGUCAGAACUUUGGCGCCGGCUCGGAGGACGGACGUGGGCUGGACCAGUUCAUGGAAGGCAACUUGAAGGCCAACCCGUUCUUCCAGUUGGUGUCGUUUGCCAUCAGGCCCACACCCAAGUGGGUGAAAACCUGCCAGCACAGGAACAAAGUACCGCUGUUGGCGACGGGCCUCAUGUCGCCGGUGCCAUGGUCUCCAGAGGUAUUACCCGUGCAAGUGGUUAAAAUCGGACAGAUUGCCUUGGCCAGUGUGCCGUUCGAAGUGACGACCAUGGCCGGGCGUCGUAUUCGCCAGUCGAUUAUGUCGGCGCUGGGGGGGUCCGUCUCCCAAGUGGCCAUUGCCGCAGUGAGCAACGGGUAUGCGCAGUACUUGACGACCAAGGAAGAAUACUUGGUGCAGCACUACGAAGGCGCGUCCACCCUUUUUGGGCCGAACCAGCUGGUCGCCGUGCAGCAAGAGCUGGCUCGCGUGGCGAAAUCUGUGGCCAACCCCUCAAUCCCGUUGGCCUCAGGCCCGCGACCGCGCUCUUUCGACCGUUCCAAGCUCGUGACGUUGCAAACGGGAGUCGUGCUGGACACCCAUCCCAUCGGCUGGCCGUUUGGAUCCAUCCGUUCGAAUGUAAGACAGGCAACCUAUCACAUCUCAAACACCAGCGUGAAAGCCUCUUUUGUGGGUGCACACCCGAAAAACAACUUUCAACACGUGGCAUCGUUCUGUGACGUCGAGAAACUAGACCCAGUCACGAAAGGGUUUGCCACGUACUUGACGGACGCGCACUGGGACGUUCGGUUCCGAUGGGCUCGCGUGGGCAUCUCCGAAAGCACAAGCGAAUGCGAGUGGGUGCUUCGAAGUGCACGGCCAGGCGUGUACAGAUUUCGCCAUCGUGGGUUUGCCAAGUCGUGGUUUGGUGUGUUGGUCCCGUACGAAGGCGUGUCUGCGUCGUUUGUCGUGGUUGUGUAAGUAAUCAAGUGCUCUCAACGGUACUGUACUAGCCGUCAAAGAGUAGAAGCUAGUAAUUCUACUUGGCUUCAAUGGCCGUACUAUGCAUGCUUCUCUGCACCGCAACAAAUGAAGAUAUUUACUGUUAAGUUCGAUUUCGG